CUCAAUAUAAAUCUCUCUCUCUAGAGUUGUCGUCUUCUAGAUCGUCUUCUCUCCAUGCUUAUCAUCUCAAUUCAGUUCUUCAUUCCAACCUAGGCACAUGGUUCCGACCAUUCAAACCAUCCUUUUCUUCUUAGAGGAGCCUGAAGAAGCCUGAAGAAAUGAAUGAGAUUCAUAUACACUCAUAACUCAUCUUAGCUGUCUCUGUAUCAUCUUUUCGAUUCUCUCUUCAUUGCCACACCUUCACGAAAACCUAGCCACUACUUCACUCUCUUUCUCUGCUAUAUCUUUAACCAAAACACAACUCUUUAUUAUUGCUUCAUCUUCUCUCUUUAUAUAUCAUCCAUUGAUUACUUUUCAUUACACUAACCAACCCAUUUUUCAUUCAUUGAUAUUAACAAUGACUUUUAGAUCUUUCAGCUCUAUAUUAUACCCUUACCCUUCUGAUGACUAUGACUACAUUGGUAAUGAAAGUUGCAUUGACUUUCAAACUGAUAACAAUAAGUCUCUACCUUCUUCCAGUGAACAGAAAAUGAAAAGCUGCAUUAGAAAUAGGGAAAAGAAAAGAGAGUUCCCUCCUCCUAUACCUUGCCUUGCUCAAACUCAAAACCUGGCUUCUCACAUGCCGUAUGUGUUGAAAAGAUACUACACUGAUGAAGGAAGGUUGAUUAUCAAGGAAGAGAAAGUGAAACAUCAUGAGUAUUUUCAUGCACACAGAGAGAAUGGUAGACUUACUUUGCAGCUUGUUCCACUUGGUUAUGACGACGAUGAUGACGAUUUCAUGGAGGAAGAAGAGGAAGUAGAAGAAGUAAAAGAAGUUGAAGAAGAAGAGGAGGAGAUUAACAACGCUAUCAUGGAUCAAAGUGUUAUUAUAAAUGAUGAUUUUGAAGCAGAAAAUAUGGAUAACACUCAAAAGAAUGUUGAAAAUGAGAAUGAGGUUGCUGUUGAAAAUGAGAAUGAGAUAAUAGGGGGUGCAAAUACUAAACCAAAUUAUUUAAACUGUAACAACAGUGUCAUAUCAUCUUCUUCUGGUAUAUUUGGGGUACUUCCUCUGCAACCUAUAAGAACAGUACGUGGUUGAUUAGUGAAUUAAGUUCAGUUUGUUUUACUUGUUAGUUGCAUGCAAUUUGUUAAGCUUUGUAGACUCUUUAAUGGCUAGGGAUUGUAGUUGUUCUUGUUCUUUGCAAUAUUGUCGGUGUUUCUCUUUUGCA